AUGCAGGGGCCGCAUUCUUCGCUGGGGAAGGCAGAUCCAGAGUGGGCUUCUUACAAACUGGGAAUAUUCAUUUGUUUGAAUUGCUCUGGAAUCCAUCGCAAUCUUCCUCAAAUCAGCAGGGUCAAAUCCCUUCAGCUUGACUUCUGGGAGAACGAUCUUAUAGAGUUUAUGAAGAAGCACGGGAAUCUCUGUGCCAAAGCUAAAUAUGAGGCAAAAGUCCCUCCCUACUAUUACAUCCCCCAGUCCUGUGAUUGCUUGGUUUUAAGACAGCAAUGGAUUAGAGCUAAAUAUGAGCGUGAGGAAUUUGUUGCCACCCGAGUCUGCCAAGAUCCUUGUUCUGCAGGUAGCCGUGAAGGAUUCCUCUGGAAGCGUGGGCGGGAAAGCAGAAAGUUCCAGAAGAGGCGAUUUCUCCUGUCAGCAAGGGAAGGGGUCAUGAAGUACUACACUAAAGAAUCCAGAGGUCCAAAAGCCGUUAUCUGCAUUGAGAAUCUGAAUGCAAUGUUCCAGACAGAGAAAAUCCAACAUGCUCAUGGGCUGCAGAUCACAUACAACACAGACGGUCAAACAAGGAACCUUUUUGUCUAUCAUGAAAGUGGAAAGGAGAUUGUUGACUGGUUCAAUGCCAUUCGGGCAGCACGUUACCAUUACCUGAGAACAACCUUCCCAACUGUCCCUGAGCCUGAGCUCAUACCCAGGAUCACAAGAAAUUACGUCAAAGAAGGAUAUAUGGAGAAAACAGGACCAAAACAGAAGGAGGCCUUUAAGGUGCGCUGGUUCUGCCUGGAUUCUCAAGAAAGGAACCUGAUGUACUUUAAAAACCCACUGGAUGCAUUUGCACAGGGCCAGGUUUUUAUUGGAAGGACGGAUGAGGGAUAUGAAGUACGAGCUGGCUUGCCCCAGGAAGUCCGAGUAAAGAAGAGGAAACCAGCGAUCACUGUGGUCACACCAGUGAGAGAGUUUCUGUUUAUAUGUGAGAAUGAUAGGGAGCAGAGGGAGUGGAUAGAUGCCUUAAAUGGAGUCAUUGCCCAGCCUUUGACUGGUUAAGACUAGCACUGGGUUCUGGUGAGCUGCACUUCUUGGGCUCCGUUCAGCAUUGCUCUGUGGCCUCUUUCUGUUGGCAAGGAUGGUGCUCAAGGCCCUGCAGUAAUGGUGGUACAAAGGGCUUCUUCCUUCAACAGGCACGGGAAGGGGGGGCAACAGAGAAAUGAG